AAUAACAUAUGGCAAGAGUAUAGUGGUCAAUGCAAGACACAGUAUCACCUUCACUGCACAGUAUUUCCAGCAGAUCAACAAGAUAAUAGUCCCGGCCAAUACAAAACCCUACCCUCUCUUUCUCUAUCUCGCUCGCUUUCUCUCUCUCCCAUCACGAACAGUAGAAAAUUUGAGGAAAGGAAUGGCAUCGAAGCUAGCGCAGUUGCAAUCCAAGGCUGCUCAAGCCUCGCAGUUGGUGGCAAAGCAUGGUGGUUCUUAUUACAGGCAGUUGCUAGAGCAAAACAAGCAAUACAUCCAGGACCCACCCACUGCUGAGAAAUGUAAUCUUUUGUCAAAGCAAUUGCUUUACACUCGUCUCGCCAGUAUUCCUGGGCGUUAUGAAGCCUUCUGGAAGGAGCUUGAUUCUGCCAAGCAGCUGUGGAAAAACAGGAAGGAAUUGAAGGUUGAGGAUGCUGGCAUUGCUGCUCUGUUUGGGCUGGAGUGCUUUGCAUGGUUUUGUGCGGGUGAGAUUGUUGGUCGAGGGUUUACAUUUACCGGCUACUAUGUCUAAGUACUGCAAGAAGAAGAAUGUGCCAUUGGAGUUGAACUGAUAAAAUCUUGUUCCUCUAUCUUGUUGUCAAUUGGCCAAGUAUGCAUAUUAAAUUUGCCAUCCUGCAAAAAAACUGAGAUAGGAAACUCAUGUCAGCUAUGAUUUUCCUUUUUCUUACAUUUUCCCAUGGAUCGAGAGCUGUCACUUGAUCAUCUUA